AUGUUUCGAUCCGUUAUUUUUGUUGCGCUUCUAAAAGGGGUAUCCUGCGUUCAGCCAGAAGCGCCAGCUCCGAAAGCCGCCCCCUUGCGCGACCUUCCCUGGGCGCAACUCAACUUCUUGCAUACUACGGAUAUCCACGGGUGGUGGGGUGGCCAUUUGCAAGAAGCCUCGUAUUCGUCUGACUGGGGUGACUAUGUCUCCUUUGCCAAGCAUAUGCGCGACAAAGCCGAUGCGGAUGGCUCAGACCUACUACUCAUCGAUACGGGAGAUCGCGUCGAAGGCAACGCCAUCUACGACUCUUCCAAGCCGCGCGGCAAAUUCACCUAUGAGAUUGCCAAGGAGCAGAACAUUGACCUGAUAUGCUCUGGAAACCAUGAACUCUACAAAGCCAAUACUGCUGAGGGCGAGUUCUUCCACACUGUCCCUGACUUCAAGGGCAACUAUCUAGCUUCUAACCUAGAUAUUUACAAUCCGAAGACUGGUGUAUUAGAACCACUUGCUCCACGCUUCAAGAAAUUCACUACCAAGAACCAAGGAAUUCGUAUCUUGGCUUUUGGAUUUCUCUUUGAUUUUACGGCGAAUGCAAACAACACUGUGGUCCAGAGGGUAGAGGAUACAGUGAAAGAGGAGUGGUUCACUGAAGCACUCAAAGACAAGAAGCUUGACUUGAUUAUUGUCUAUGGCCAUGUUGAUAUUCGAUCAGAAGAGUAUGCCCUACUCUUCUCAACUAUUCGGUCUCUGCACUGGGACACCCCCAUUCAGUUCUUCGGUGGUCAUUCGCAUAUCCGCGACUACAAGAUCUUUGACAGCAAGUCUGUGGCCCUUGAGAGCGGACGAUACAUGGAAACGCUCGGCUUCAUGUCCAUUGACGGACUCAGUACUGGCGGAACCAAGGACGUAGCACCUGCUCCUCAGAAAUCGAAGCUCACAUUCUCUCGCCGAUAUAUUGACAACAACUUAUUCUCCAUGAAGCACCACAGCGGGAAAGACGCAAAGGAUUUCGCGACUGAACAUGGAAAGAAGGUUUCACAAGCAAUCGGCGAUGCUAGACAAUCUCUUGGUCUAGGAAAAGUAUACGGCUGCGCACCACAAGAUCUUUGGGUCAGUCGUCGUCCUUAUCCACACAACGAGAGCAUCUUCACCUGGAUCGGGGAACAACUGCUGCCCCAGACUAUCGAGAAUUCCGAACGCAUCCGCUCUGGGGGAAAAGCAAUCGUCAUCACCAACACGGGUGCGAUCCGCUUCGAUAUCUUCAAAGGGACGUUCACCAAGGACACGAAAUUCCUCGUUUCGCCAUUCACCAGCUCCAUCCGCUAUAUCAAAGACGUUCCAUACAAAGUGGCGAGCCAAGUGUUGAAGCUUCUCAACAGCGAGGGACCCAUUAUGCUUGAAAUGAUGGAGAGUAACGCGCUGUUACAACCCCCAGAGGUGUCGGCAGCACGAUACAGACCGCACUUGCUGACAACCCAAGCCAACGCUUUCGCCAGCCCUCAACAAGGCCAAAAACCGCUCCGCUCCAGUGAUGGUGAUAUUCAAACGUUCCCUGGUUACACGACCAAAGACGACGCUGGUACCGAUGGGGAUGACACGAUACACGAACCAAUCACAUUUUACAACGUUCCAAAUUGCAUCCAAGCGGACGUUGGUUUCAGCAAGUCGAAGGAAAAAGAGCAAGAGGUUGAGAAGAUGGAUCUCAUGUACAACGAGUUCAUCCAGAAAUGGGUGCUACUGGCUUUGGAGUACUUGGGUGAGAAGCGUACGCUGGAGGAUACGCAAGCCUUUGAUGAUGGAAAGAGCUUUACGGAUAUCAUGACAGAGUGGGUGGAGGAGCAUUGGAGAACCGAAGGAGACAAAUGUGAGGUAUGAUCGGGAAGUAAGAUCGCGACGCUCUGCUGUGGAUUAUAACUGUACAUGUUUCAUCUUGGAAAUACAUUGAUAUGGAUCUGUAGUAAUAGCUUCCUACUUGUAACAACAUGAUGAAUCAUGCUCUCUGUAGCAUU